GUCACACAGAGUUGAUGACUUGUCGGGCUGCAGUUUUUCAGUUCCCCAUCCCUUCAUGGGUAGUGAAACGCAAAAGCACAGACAAGAAAGAGGAGCCCCAGGAAACUCAAGACUGAUGGUUUUCGACAAGGAGAGAAAGUUCGAGAAAACAGAUGGCAGUUCAUAGAAAACAGGCUACUGAGCACAGAAGGGUAGCUAGGGUUUGCACUCAGCGCGACCUAGAGGGCAGGACGGUCCUGUUCAAGGGGCGGGGGCUCUGGCCACGGGCCUGCCUGGGGCGGGCCAGCCGGCGGGGCAUUUAAAUCGCUGUGGACGCUGGCGGGGACGCGCGCCGGCUCUGCACCCUCCAUAGUCCCAGCUUCGAGUACCAGCGCCACAAGAUGCGGUCUUCCCUGGCUCCGGGAGUCUGGUUCCUCCGUGCCUUCUCUAGGGACAGCUGGUUCCGUGGCUUCAUCCUGCUGCUCACCUUCCUCAUUUAUGCCUGCUAUCACAUGUCCAGAAAGCCCAUCAGCAUCGUGAAGAGCCGCCUGCACCAGAACUGCUCAGAGGUGGUCAGACCCAUUAACGACACCCAUGAUCUUAAUGACACCACCUGGUGCAGCUGGAGUCCAUUCGACAAAGAUGACUACAAGGAGUUACUGGGAGCUGUGGACAAUGCCUUCCUAGUGGCUUAUGCCAUAGGCAUGUUUAUCAGUGGAAUCUUUGGGGAGCGGCUACCCCUGCGUUACUACCUCUCAGCUGGAAUGGUGCUAAGCGGUCUGUUCACCUCCCUCUUUGGCCUGGGGUACUUCUGGAAUAUCCACAUGCUCUGGUACUUUGUGCUCAUCCAGAUCUGCAAUGGGCUUGUUCAGACUACCGGCUGGCCGUCUGUGGUGACCUGUGUUGGCAACUGGUUUGGGAAGGGAAAGCGAGGAUUCAUCAUGGGCAUCUGGAACUCCCACACAUCAGUGGGCAACAUUCUGGGCUCCCUGAUCGCUGGAGUCUGGGUGAACGAACACUGGGGCCUGUCAUUUAUCGUGCCUGGCAUUAUCACGGCCGUCAUGGGCGUCAUCACCUUUCUCUUUCUCAUUGAAUAUCCAGAAGAUGUGGACUGCACCCCUCCUCGGCAUCAUGAUGACCCGGAGAAGGAACAGGACAAUCCUGAGGAUCCUGUGAGCAGUCCCUACAGCAGCAGGGACAGCAGUGUGGACAUUGCAGCCAGCUCCUCCAAGGAGCAGGGCCCUGAGCCUGAAGCCAUCAGCUUCCUGGGGGCACUCAAAAUCCCGGGUGUGAUCGAGUUCUCUUUAUGUCUGCUCUUUGCCAAGUUGGUCAGCUACACCUUUCUCUAUUGGCUGCCCCUGUACAUUUUCAAUGUGGCCCACUUUAGUGCCAAGGAGGCCGGGGACCUAUCCACGCUCUUUGAUGUUGGUGGCAUCAUAGGUGGCAUCAUGGCCGGACUCAUCAGCGACUACACCAGUGGCAGGGCCACCACUUGCUGCAUCAUGCUGAUCCUGGCUGCUCCCAUGAUGUUCCUGUACAACUACAUUGGCCAGAAUGGGAUAACCAGCUCCAUAGUGAUGUUAAUUAUUUGUGGGGUCCUGGUCAAUGGCCCUUAUGCGCUUAUCACCACAGCCGUCUCCGCUGACCUGGGUACACACGAGAGCCUGAAGGGUAACGCCAAGGCCCUCUCCACUGUCACGGCCAUUAUCGACGGCACCGGCUCCAUAGGUGCGGCCCUGGGGCCCCUGCUGGCCGGACUCAUUUCCCCCACAGGCUGGAACAAUGUGUUUUACAUGCUCAUCUCUGCCGACGUCUUGGCUUGCUUGCUCCUCUGCAGGUUGGUGUACAAAGAGAUCCUGGCCUGGAAGUCGGCCCGGAGCAGAAACAGUGGGUACAAACAGAUCUGAGGCCUCAAUUGGAAGAGCAGCAUGGGCCGGCCCUGCUGGGUACCCAAUGUGCUCCCUAUGAGCAAGCGAAUGGAAACCUCCAUCACUGGGAGGCUAAGCCUCCUGAUCUAACCGGCCCAGCCCAAAGCUACACUGCCACUAAGGAAGGGUACAGAGGACUCCAUGGGAAGGGACUGCUGAGCACCAAGCAUGGGUAAAUGGCAGACUUCAAGGCCUGAGCUCUCGGAGCUGCAAUCAGAAGGAAUGGGCUGAAAGCAGAAAGGAAGAACACGGUCAGACUCUUGCUUGUUUGGAUUCCAAGGCCUGGAAAAGGUGCAUCUCUCCUUCCCAUGUUAAAUUAUAACCUCUGUAAUUAUCCU